AUGAUAGCCAAAGCCACCGAUAAUCUAUCAAACUCACUCUCUCCUUCGAUCUCUCUAUCUCUCUCACACUCUUUCGAACUAUCAAUCUCACUCUCUCUUACGAUCUAUCUAUCACUCUCACUCUUUUUUUCGAUCUAUCUCUCUCUAAUUCUCUCUUUUUAUCUAUCUAUCUAUCUCCCCAACUCUCUCUCUCUCUCUCGAUCUAUCUAUCUAUUUAUCUAUGUAUUUCUUUCUCUCACUCUCUCUCCUUCACUCUCUCUUUCAAUUUAUCUAUCUCUUUUACUCUCUCUUUUAAGAAAAUCUUUGAUUUCAUUUAUCGAUCAAUCGAUUUGGCUUCCUCAUAUUUCUUCACUCUGUCACAAUAACGUUUUUUCUCUCUAUCUCACUCCUUCUUUCGAUCUCUCUCUCUCUCUCCCUCUCUCUGAUUCUCUUUCGAUCUAUCUAUCUAUCUAUCUAUCUAUCUAUCUAUCUAUCUCACUCUCUUUUUCGAUCUAUCUAUCACUCGCUCUCUCUCUCUCUCUCUCUGUCUAUCUAUCCCACUCUCUCUUUCGAUCUAUCUAUCUCUCCCACUCACUUUCGAUCUGUCUAUCUUUCUCUUUUACUCUUUCUUUCGAUCUAUCUAUCUAUCUAUCUAUCUAUCUAUCUCAUUACCUAUAUCUUAUUUUCUUUUCUUUAUUUCUUUCUUCCUUCCUUUCUUCCUUCCUUCAUUUCUUUCUUUCUUUUUCUUUAUUUGAAGUUUCGCUCUUAAUUUCUUUCUUCUUUUCUCGCUUCUAUCAUUCUUUCGACUAUUUUCUUUCUAUCAUUCUUUCUUUCUUUCUUUCUUUCUUUCUUUCUUUCUUUCUUUCAACUUUAUACCUCGUCGUUUUAUUUAUUUAA